AUGGUGAUGUCUUCCAUCUCAGCACUCCUAAGGCUGAGGCAGGUUGAUCGCCAUGAAUUGGAGGUGAGCCUGGUCUGCACAGUUUCAAACCAGUCUGAGCUGCCUAAUAAAGGAUACAGUGGAAGUGAGACAGGCCAAGGGGAGCCUGGGUGCGCGGUGACGAAGGCAGCAAGGUCCGAAUCUGACCGAGUUCUGCGCCAACGUCCCACCGGGCCAACGUCCGACCCGGCUCCGGGCACCGGCCCUGCGGCUACCCAGAGCCGGCCAGGAGACGGGGUCUGCGGCUGCGCCGCCGCCCCUCCCCACCGCGGGAGCCGCCAGCGUCAGGCGCCGCUCCCCGCACAGCCCGCCCGAGCGCCGUGGGUCAGGCCACCCGAGACUCUGCCCCACAGCGAACCGAAAGAGAGCUCUGGCCUCCGAGAGCCCUCCGCAGUACCGCAGCCACUACAGCCCUUCCUCAACGCCGGAGGAGAGAUCCCAGCAUGCCCCUCUCCAGAUGCGGCGGAGUGUGAUGCAUUCUGGGACCUGGGGGCAGACUUGGAGCUGAGACAGUCGUGGACAAAGGAACAUGCCAUGACUGGACUGCUGAGUCAUGGGUAUUGCAUGUCUUGUCCUUAAAUACUACCUCAAGUCAAGACCCCAGAGAGGAACUUGAACGGUCGUUGGAUUGCCUGUCUCCC